UCGGGGAUGAGGAGACGUAGCGGGGCCAGGAAGCAGGGGCCAGACGAUCUGGAGCAGCCUCCCGGGAUCCCGCAGUCCGAAUGCCUAGCGGCCAGAGAGAGCACAGCGGACCGCAGGGCUCGGCGGUGAGUGCGGGACUCCGGCUUGUGCGCAGGCGCCGGGCUGAGUCCCUGCCGCUCGAGGGACCCAAUGCCUGGCGCCUCGCGGGAAGCCCCUUUCUCCGCACGCGUUGACCCCUGAGUCCCCAGCCUGGUGCAGAGGAGCUGCAGACUCGGGGGUCACGGCUGGGGGUUCUGGAGCCAGAAAGGGAAGGCUUCCGUCCUCGGCGGGGGCAGAAUUGGAGCCUCCGGCUGCGGUAGCUUCGGACCUGAGUUGCCCGAGCCGCUGCGGCUCCCGCAGGGAGGGGGCGGGGCUGACGCGAGCAUCUCCGUGCUCAGUUUUCCGGACUUGGUGCAACGCGGGCAGGUGCAGCAGCUGAAGACCUCUUCCUAACCCGGUGCGGGGCACUUUGCGACGCCUGCCUCCUCGGCCCCAUUCUCCGGUCUCACUGCUGUCCCGGGGCCCAGCUGCCACUUGCCUGACGAUGCUCUCACACUUUGGACUCUUCUGGCAUUAUUGAGCUGACGCUUUGGAACAUCAGAUUCAGGUCGUAUGGGGAGAGAAGCGUGUGACUUUGCAAGGUGUGAUGUGGAAACCUGGGCCUGUCACCCGUCUCCGCUUGAUUAAAGGCCACUGGGGUGGUGGAGGAUUGCUGCCAGUUUCCUAAAGAUGAAGAACUACACUGCUCAGUGGCCCUUCCCCUUCCUCAGUGUGGUUAUCAUUUGGAACAUCAGGGUGUGCUUGAAGCUGGCGGGACUCCCAGACUCUGAUCAUUAAUUGUCUGAUUCCAUGCAGUGGAAGUAGCAGCACGCUCCAAGGUGUUUGGGUUCUGCUUUCCUCUGCCGGUACUUCGUCUCUUCUCUCCACAGUCUCUGGCCUGAUAAAAUGCUGUUAUUUGUUAUUGAGAAGGGAAACGAAGGAAUAGAUCAUUGAAGUGAGGUUGGCUGUCCCUGUUAUCCCGGAAUCGGAUUGUCCUGAGGGGACAGUCAGGAAGAAUGGUAUAAAAGUGAGGAAACAUCAACCCGUGCUUUGAAUGUGGCAAGAAAAGAAUAAGCGCUGUCAUGAUUGCUUGAAUUCAGGACUUUAUUACACUGGAAGGAAAGUUAGAUGUAAGCUCUAAUCUCUUCUUGGGAACUGGAAAUUUUUUUUAAAAAGGACUCCUCUGAAGAAAAGUGUGCUUCUUAAGUCAACCCUAGCCUCUCCUCCAUACAAAGAGCUCUUAAUGAUACUAGUGGAAAACAAACAAAUUCAACUAAAAGCUCGUCUGCAGAUCAGAAGAACGAAGACAUGGAGUUUUAAGGAGUGAAGGUAGCAUGGCGUCGGCCAUGGGUGAUCAAGACACAGACAGACAAUGUGGCUCAAUUUCUUCAAACUACGGCUUUUCUGCUGUCUGCUUGCAGUGCUGAUGGUGGUGGUGCUGGUCGUCAAUGUUACUCAGGUAGAGUACUUGGACCAUGAGACUGUUUCAGCCACAUUCAUCGACAGUAGUGGACAGUUUGUUUCCUCCCAGGUGACAGGAGUUAACCGGAAUCCUUACUGUGGCUAUGAGCAUCAGACUCUGUCUAGCCGGGAGCGCAUGGAGGAGGACUCCUUGCUGGCUGCCCUACAAUGGCAGGUGCCUGAUAUGGGUCCGGUCCCCUUUCUGAAGAGCACUGACCCUUCUUCCAGCUACUUUGUUAUCUUGAACUCUGCAGCCUUCUUCAAGGUGGGAAGCCAGCUAGAAGUGCUGGUUCACGUACAGGAUUUUCAAAGAAAACCCAAGAAAUAUGGUGGAGAUUACCUGCAGGCCAGAAUCCACUCGCCUAAGCUGCAGGCAGGGGCUGUGGGCAGAGUGGUAGACUACCAGAAUGGGUUUUACAAAGUCUUUUUCACUUUGCUCUGGCCGGGCAAGGUUAAAGUGUCCAUAUCUCUCGUCCAUCCCACUGAAGGGAUCAGAGUUCUACAGCACCUACAGGAAGAGAAACCACACAGGGUCUAUUUCAAGAGUCUCUUCCGUUCAGGAAGAAUUUCUGAAACCACGGAGUGCAAUGUGUGUCUUCCUGGGAAUCUGCCCCUGUGUAACUUUACAGAUCUCUAUACUGGAGAACCCUGGUUCUGCUUCAAACCAAAGAAGCUCCCAUGCAGUAGUAGAAUUAACCAUUUCAAAGGUGGAUACCUGAAGGGCCUUCUAACUGCUACAGAGAAUGCUUUCUUCCAGAGUGGUGUCAAUAUCAAAAUGCCAAUCAACUCCAGUGGACCUGAUUGGGUGACUGUGAUUCCCAGGAGAAUAAAAGAAACUAACAAUCUAGAAAUAUCACAAGGCUCAGGAAAUUUUCCUUCUGGAUAUUAUUACAAAGAUCAGUGGAGGCCCAGAAAGUUUAAGAUGCGCCAGUUUAAUGACCCUGACAACAUCACAGAAUGCUUACAAAGAAAAGUGGUGUACUUAUUUGGAGAUUCAACAAUCAGGCAAUGGUUUGAAUACCUUACUACGUUUGUUCCAGAUUUAGUGGAGUUUAACUUGGGUAGUCCCAAGAAUGUGGGUCCUUUCCUCGCGGUGGACCAGAAGCACAACAUCCUGCUCAAAUAUCGCUGCCAUGGUCCACCCAUCCGUUUUACAACUGUCUUUAGCAAUGAGCUCCAUUAUGUGGCCAAUGAGCUGAAUGGCAUCGUGGGAGGGAAGAACACCGUGGUUGCCAUAGCUAUAUGGUCUCAUUUCAGUACCUUCCCCUUGGAAGUGUACAUCCGGCGGCUCAGGAAUAUCCGUCGAGCCGUGGUCCAGCUCCUGGAUCGAAGCCCUAAGACCGUGGUAGUCAUCCGAACAGCCAAUGCCCAAGAGCUGGGGCCCGAGGUGAGCCUCUUCAACAGUGACUGGUACAACUUUCAGCUGGACACCAUCCUCCGGAAGAUGUUCUCAGGGGUUGGAGUGUAUCUCGUUGAUGCCUGGGAGAUGACCUUGGCUCAUUAUUUACCCCACAAGCUACAUCCAGAUGAAGUUAUUGUGAAGAACCAACUGGACAUGUUCUUGUCCUUUGUGUGCCCUGUGGAGACCUAGCCCGCUCUGGAGGGGACUGGAGGAAUCACAUUACCUGUGUUACAGGAAGUUUAUGGCUGGCCCCAUGGAGAGAUACCUGCUAGUGACAUGUACAAAAUUUCAAAAGGAACUGGACUUUAUAUGAGACUUCUAAGGAGCUUAGAAAAUGCAGGUUGCAUUUAUAUCUACCUACAGGAUUUUUUUCCAAUCUUUACAUAGCCAUUGGAGAAUCAUUAUUAACAACAUCUACGCACUGUAUUCCUCUUGUAACCAAAGAUGCUAAUGAGUGUAUUUGAAUUAGCCUCUCCUGAGAGGGGAGAGUACUACGCUAAAAACUGUGAGACGUAUUCUGACCUAAAUGGUUGGUAGUGAAAUGUUUGUAGCUUAUCUGGUAAAGGAGAGUGAGCUUAUCUGUAUGAACAGCACAGUUGGUCCAUCUUUGGUGGGAUGAACUAAUGAGGCUUCUGGUCAGUGCCUCCUGUAACACACUGAAAACUGCUGUGUCUUGGGAGUUUCUCUUGAUGAUCCACCUCUUCUGAGUUGCUUUUCAGGCUGGAAUCCUUGCUCAGAUUUUUCUAGUGAGAAUAUUUACAAUAUUCUGCAUUUAUCUAGAAAAGAAGCAAAAGGAAAGUAUGAAAACAGUACACAAAAUCUGUGUGUCGAAUUGAUACUUGCACUGGGGGGUUGUUACUUAUUUCAGCUGAAUUUUACAUGAUGAAUACUUUAAAAUAAUCACUUUUGGAACUGGAAGGGGGAAUCUAUAAAUGGAAAUUUAUUUUUGUGUUUUGAAGUUUGAGGGUUUUAAGAACUGCAUUUUAUGUAAAGAUUGUUUAUUAUAAAGUUGUAGAAGUUACUUGCAUCAA